AUGCCACUAACAAUAAAUGAUUUACAAAUUCGAAGUAAGCAUGGUCAUUGUUCAAUUGAUGCUACAAAGGAAACAUGUGAAAAAUUUUUUCAAAUAUGGUCUCAUAAAGCAGCUAAUAUUUCUAAUGAUUUAAUUGAAUUUACAAUACGACGUAUGCAAAGUGAUCGUCUUCGUUUUUUAUUUCAAACACGUAAUGAAAUUACUCAACGAGAAAGUAUUUCACCUAUAUGUCAAAUAUCAACACAUAUUGGUGAUGAUUUACAAAGAAUAAAUGAACAUAUACGUCGAUUUUGUUUAAGUACAAGAAAUCUUUAUCGACAUUUACGUUCCGAUUCACGUAUAUAUCCUAAAAUGUGCAUUGAAUUAGAUGAAGGUAUUAUAAUUAAAAUUUGCCGAUUUAUAUUUAAAACCAAAGUUAUAAUUAAAAUACUUUCAAAACAACAACAUUUAAGUGUAGAACAACGUGAACAAUUAAAAAACUACAAAAUAAAACAGAAUGAUAAACAAUCAGAUAUAUAUGAUCCAUAUAGAAAUAUAACAAAAGCAUUUAUUGCAUUACAAUCAAAUUUUGAAAUACUUUUUGGUGAUAUUGUAGAUAAAGAUUUUUUUCAAAAUGCAAAAACAGCUGUACAAACCCUUCCAAUAAUACUGGAUACUAGUAAAACUAUACGACUAAUUUUCUGUGCAUUAUAUAAACUAACUGAACCUGAACGUGAAGCAGAAGCAGAAGCUAUACGUCAACGUCGAUUAAAUUUCUGUAUUCGUGAUUGUGGUUCAAAAAAGCAAAAAUCCUUAACUACAAAUAUUCCAAUCAACAAUCAAGCUAAUACCAAAUUUAAAAGCAUAAAUAAAAUAUUAAAAAGAAAUCAAUCACAAAUAAUGCAUAUUAAAACACCAUCAUUAUCUCCGAAAACAUUUACAAAAGAUAAAUCAACAGAUCAACAAAAUACUAAAGUGUAA